GCACCACCUGCUACACCAGGCACACCAGCGGCAGGCCAUACCGUGCGUUGAAGAGCGAAAGGAAAGGAUCGGAUAGCUUGGUUGGGCUAGGAGAACUUUUUGCGGCGAGUGGAGGAGUGAAAGGGCGGGACACCUCAGCGUUUCUGAGCUUAACUCUGGGCUGAGACCACCAAACCAGAGCGAUGAGGCCCAUCCUCCUCAAGGGGCACGAGCGUGCCAUCACGUGCGUGGUGUACAACAACGACGGGGACCUCGUGUUCACGGCGUCGAAGGACCAGAUCCCGUCCCUUUGGUACGCCAAGACUGGGGAGCGGAUCGGCACCUACCAGGGGCACCAGGGGGCGGUGUGGGACCUUUCGGUGUCAUGGGAUUCGACGCGCAUGCUCUCGGCUUCGGCGGACGCCUCGGCGCGAAUGUGGGACGUGCAGACCGGGCGGGAGCUGGUGGUGUACAACCAUAUGGGGCCGGUGCGAUCGGUCGCUUUCGCGGAAGGGGGUCAGCGGUUCGCGACGGUGUCGGACCCUUUCACCGACAGCCCGGGUCUCAUCUCGGUGUUUGAGGCCCCGGACGAUGUGCCGACAGACCAGUUGGACAAGAUUGCGAGUUUGGAGAUCGACCUGCCUCCCAAGAUGAAGGCGACCACGGUGGUGUGGGGGGCGUUGAACGAGAAGCUUAUCGUCUCGUACGCGGACGGAACCAUCAGAACGUUCGACCCCUACGACGGGACCGAGCUCGAGUACGCACAGGUCCACUCACAGGACAUCAACCGAUUGUGCAUCAACAAGGACCGGACGCUGCUGCUUACUUCCUCCAAGGACUACACGUCCAAGCUUCUCGACGCUAACACCCUCCAGGUCCUGAAGACGUACAAGACGGACCGGCCGGUCAACGCCUCUGUCAUGCACCCAACCAAGGAACACGUGAUCCUCGGGGGAGGGCAGGACGCCAUGUCCGUUACCACCACCUCCUCGAACGUUGGCAAGUUCGAGUCCCGGUUCUUCCACAUGAUCUACGAGACAGAGUUUGGCAGAGUUAAGGGGCACUUCGGUCCGAUCAACGCCCUGGCGAUCAACCCUAACGGCCUCAGCUACGCUUCCGGAUCGGAGGAUGGGUAUGUGCGACUGCACUUCUUCGACGAGGACUACCUGAACAUGCAGGACGAGGUGCCCGACGAGCUCGAGGAAGGCAGCAAAGCCGCAGCAGGGGGAUUCGAAGAAAGCUAAAACAAUCACAUGCCCAGGGUAGCACAGCCUAUAUAUCGAGAUCGAAUAACGGCGAGGGGUUGCGCGGACGAGGAGAAUGUCGACGUAGUACCUUUCCUGUUGGAUACAGCAUAGUCGCUGAAUCCGGGAGGUUUUGUAUGGUGGAAGAGAUCAUUGGCGGGAGCGGGGG